AAGUGUCGAUUUACUGUUUAAUUCUGAUUUUUAAUUCUCAACACAAUAAUGUGAUAAGUAUACAGUUUAAAUAUUGUGAUUAAAUUAAUAUUUGUGACAAUGAAAUACACAGCGAAAGUGCUAUUUAUCAAUUUUAUUGCGUGAAAAUAGUAACAUUGCCUUAACUUCAGUUUACCUUCACUUUUGUUUUAAACUUGUUUUGUCUGAUAUUUCACUUUGUAUUGAUUUAUUGGAUUAUUGUAGUAACUACAUCAUUUUAAUAGUCAUUUCAAGUGUUCAUCUUUUCGAGGAAUGUCAACUUCGACUUCGACAAUUGAUUUGUUUGCAUUUAGUUUCAAAAUGACAUGACAAUCAAUAUAAUAAUAGAGGGGAAAAUUGAGUAAAAAAUGUGUUUUUGCUCAUCCAUAAUAUUCCCAGUAUUUGAUUGCUUUAUCAGAAACAAUUUUAUACAUUGAAAUGAAUGGUCAAUUAAUUUAUUUCAUUAUUUCACUCCAAUAUAACAUUAGCAAUUAAAAUGCCAUCAAAUUAGUUGAAUGUCUUUUCAGGAUUGGGUUUAAGUUACAAAUCCUGUUUUCCCAAUUGAUUUAUGUUGAGGUCAAGUCAGAUGAUAAUUAUUAUCAAUUUUCCAAUGUUUAUUUAUAAAUUAUAAUAAAGUGAUAGUUAGUGAUUAUUAGUUGAUGACAGACUCAACUAAUAAUUGGAUUUAAAAACAAUUAUGUUAAAUGGUUGAGCUUUUCAUACUUAUGAACCAGUUGAAUAUCUGAUUGUUUCAAAGUUUAUAUUUAAACGAUCCUUUGAAAGCGUUACAAUGUACUUUCCAUCCCUUGAUCUUUCCUUUGAAUGGGCUAUUACAAUGAUCCUUCAAGAAUCCAAAUUUCGCUUUCUUUAAAAAUCUGUUCAAACUCAAAACCUUGUGGACGUCUUUGGUCUUUUGAACGCAUCAUUGGUUAUCAAUUAACUGAUUUACCUGACCGUGAGAUACAUAAUGUUGAUUUACGAUCAGAUUGUCAAGAUCAUUGUUUAGCUGAAUCUACUUUUGUCUGUCGAUCAGCAACCUUUGAUUAUUCUCGGAAAAUCUGUAAAUUAUUUAAGGAAACUCAAAGAUCCCGUCCAAGUGCCUUUAAAGCAACAUCCGAAGAGAUUGAUUAUCUUGAAAAUCAUUGUGUUAAAGAACCAUCAAGCUGCCAAUACAAAGACUUCACAGAUACAUUUUCUGGUAAUAUUGAUCGAGUAACUCACGCAUUUUCAUUGACCGAUUGUCAACGCCAAUGUGAUACUGAACGCUUGUUUCCCUGUCGAGCACUCAAUUAUGGAUUAUUCCUUCUUUGGAUCUCUUUUGAUUCGGUUCCAUGGACCAGUUUAAAUUCAUUGAAUCAUUUUCUCGAAAUACUAUUACUAAUGUCAUAUUCUUAUAAUAAUUUUUUGAUUCAUUUAUUGAUUCUUAUUGUAAUAACUUAUUCCAUGAAAAUUAGCAUUCAUUCAGCACUCAAAAUUCAUCAAGAUUUGUAUUUCCAAAAAUCCAUUUUGUUUCAUUUUUUAUCAUUUGAACAAAAUCUCAAAACGUUUUAA